AUGGGUAAUUCUACGAAGCGCGAGAUUAUUACUGAUGAUUCUCAGAGUGAGCUGGAUGCUCGCGAGGCCACAGAAAAUGAGUUUUAUUGUUUAAUGGCUCAGGCCCAAGAGGUAAUUGCCGCCUUUAAGGAAAAAGACCAUCAAGGGGACGAGUUCUUCAGCCAGAGCAGCCGUCAGCGAGGAGGAGCUAAGAAUGUGAAGCUCCCGCAGCUAAGACUUCCUCCCUUUGAUGGAAAGACAGAUAAGUGGCUUGAAUUUAGAGACCUUUACCUGUCUUUAAUACAUGACAACGAGAACAUUGAUGACUUAGCGAAGGAAUGCGACAGUCAAACUAUCGCCCAAAUAAUAAAGCAUGAUUUCUACAUGGACGACCUUUUGACUGGUGCGCAGACUGAAGCGGAGCUCGGCAACAUAUGCGAAUCAGUUACCAAUAUAUUAAACGGAGCUUGCUUACCUCUUCCUUCGUGGGGGGCUAAUGAGGGUAUAAAAUUCGUGUUCUCGCCGGCUUAUUCUCCACAUUUCGGAGGGAUAUGGGAAGCCGGAGUGAAGUCAGCCAAAUUCCAUAUGGCGCGGGUCCUAGGCAAUACCCACAUGACGUUUGAAGAAUUGUCAACGCUUUUCAAUCAAAUUGAAGCCAUUUUGAAUUCGCGGCCGCUGACCUAUUUAUCGACCGAUCCCAACGACCUGGAGCCAUUGACGCCCGGUCAUUUUCUGAUCGGUCAAUCAUUGAUGUCGUUACCUUCUCCGAACCUGUUGGACAUCAACCCAAAUCGGCUAAGCAGAUACGAGCACAUCGAGCAAAUGCGGCAGCAAUUUUGGAAUCGCUGGCACAAGGAGUUUCUGGCCGAAUUACAGGAACGGAUUAAGUGGAAGGUCGACACACAACAACUUCAAGUUAACGACGUGGUUGUUGUUAAAGAGACAAACGUCCCUCCAAUGAAAUGGAGAAUGGGCCGAAUAGUUAAGUUGUUUCCCGGACAAGACAACGUAUCCAGAGUGGCGGAUGUUGGCACGGCACGUGGCAUAAUACGAAGAGCAGUUCAUCGUCUAUGUCCACUACCCAAACCGGAAGAAGCUUUCUUCGUCCUCGAGGCUCUACCUCCUCGAGGGGGGGGAGCAUGUUAG